CAUUAUGGAAACAGGAAACGGUUCGGAUCUCAUCAACAGCCCCAUGAUGUGUGAGUGUCGCGUGUUGUGCUUGCUGAUGGUGUUGCUGAUCGCCCUGGAAUCAUCGUCAGCUUUGAUUGCACCCAAAAGCGACGUCGACGUCAACCCCAUUUGCAAGACAACGACGGAGACGCUGAUUCCCCACCUCACUGAGUGUGCCCAGUACUACAACUGUAGCGCACCUGCCAUGACUAUACAUGGCAGACCCUGGGAGAAGAACCGCCAGGAAUGUCCCUUCCCGGAGCUGUACAACCCUGAUACACAGAGAUGUGAGCACUACAGCAUGGUCACGUGUGGCAGUAGAACAGAGCCCCUGGGGAAGUGCGAGUAUGCCCGGUACGCGUGUCUUGGGGGAAAGGACUGUGGGCCUCCCUGUUACAUCCACAGCCCCAGCUGCAGGAACCGCCCCGACGGCCUUAACCCCUACGCAAAUCGACCAAUGUCUGGCCACUACGUUGUAUGCGUUAAUCAGCGACUGGUCUACACUGACGUGUGCAACGGUACCAUCUUUGACGCAAAACUGCGUGCCUGCAAAUGUUCCUAAAACAAAUAUGUAAUUUUAACAACAAUGGGCAAAGGAAAUUAAAGAGUUUGUCAACAA